GCUGUCAUCACAGUACCAAACAAAUCCUGAAAAUGGAUUUCGGGUUUUAGGGCGAUAUUUAAUAAAAAUCGACUAAAAUGAGCACAAAUAACCGUAAGGGACCCAUCAUAGACCCUGGCCUCUGUCGUUGUUGUGGAGCAACGAAGAAAUGUCGUCUUCUCAACGUGGAAUAUGAGUGGCUUGGCCAAAAAGAAGUGUACUCGGAUUUAUUCGUCGAUACUUUUGGUUUAAUGUUAUCCCACCUGGAUGCAGACCCGGAAGACAGGCUGAUCUGCGCGACGUGCGUGACCCGGCUGCGAGACGCCAGCGCCUUCCGGCGGCAGGUGCUACAGUGCGAGGAGAAACUGCUGCAAGACAGCAUCACACUUGAUACUGCAGGCGAGUCAGACAGCAAGAUCAAACGGGAGACAGACCUGAAGGAGGAGAUCAACGACCGUGAUGAUGAUCGCUACGAUGAUGGGAUUGCGCAUGAUGAUGAUGGUAAUGAUUCGGACGACACAGUAUUAGCGAAGAUAAAAUCCGAGCCACGCGUGACGAGGUCCAAGAAAGUCAAAAAAGAAAAGAAAUCGAAAGUCAAAAGAAAGAUGAAGGUUAAGGUGAAGAAAGCCUCCAAAGAAGAGAUGAAGGACAGGAAAGAGAUGCUCGCGGCCAUGCAGAUGAUGGAGAAGAAACUGAAGAGGAUGCAGGAGAUUGAGCAACCAAUAAAGAUCCGUCAACGCUACCAGGACAGCGAGCACCAGAGCUUCCAGAACACCGUCACUAUAGUCGAGAGUUCCUUCGUCUGUCCGUUCGACACAUCUUUCAGCGACUACUUCUGUUUCUACUGCAGGGAGGUGUACACUGACCCUGAAAAACUACGACUGCAUACCAUGACCCACGACCCUAAAACCUUCAAAGACUAUGUCACUAACAAAAAGAUGGUCCAAAUAGACAUAGAUAGGUUAGACUGUAGAUUAUGCCCAGAAAUGAUAACUAGCUUAGAUUAUUUGAAGGAACAUCUAACAAACACGCACGGGAAAACCAUAUAUCCGUUAUCGAAUGAGUUCCUAAAAUUCAAACUCACAACACACAACCUAACCUGCACGGAAUGCGGCGCGAGCUUCAGUUUUUUUCACGCGUUAAAAAAACACAUGGCCGAGCAUUUUGGCACGUGCAUCUGCGACAUAUGUGGAGCGCAUUACUUCGAAGAAAGAAUGCUUUUGCUUCACCAGAAAACCCACCAGAGAAUCGAGGAAAGUUACCCCUGUAGUAGCUGCGAGAAGGUCUUCAAAUCUAAACACAGUAGGUACUUGCACGAAGCUAGGACGCAUAAGAAGGAGCCGGCUUACCAGUGCCCCAAAUGUGACGAGGUGCUGUUCUCUUACAGUCUAAGAUACAGGCAUAUGAUCGAAGUUCAUAACGAGCAGAGGAUGUUCACGUGCGCGCAUUGCGAGCGGACUUAUGACAGUAGGAAGUCUCUCCGGGAACACACGAGGCGGUAUCACCUUAAGGUCUUUAAACACCAAUGCGAUUUGUGCGACAAACGAUUCUAUAUCCCGUCGAGGUUGAAGGAACAUAUGGCUACUCAUACGGGGGAGAGGAACUUCCGAUGCGAAUUCUGUGGGAAGUCGUAUCCUAGAAUGAGGGGGUUGAAAGUUCACAUGCAAUCGCACAGCAGUGAGAAAAAGUUCAGGUGCAUGCUCUGCAACGCCUCGUUUACACAGAAUGUCAACUUGAAGAAUCACGUGAAAAGGCAGCACCAAGGUUUGGAUUUGGAGGAGUAUCAUGAGUAACUUAAUCGAGGAGUAAAUUGAAUUAAUUUGUAGUAAAUCUAAACAGCCUCCGUGUAGUGGUUAGAGCGUCAGGCUCACGAUCUGAUUGGGUUCGAUUCCCGAUGGGGACAUUGUCGAAAUCACUUUGUGAGACUGUCCUUUGUUUGGUGAAGAUGAUUCCGUGCUUCGGAGGGACCGUUGGUCCCGGUUAUUAGCCGUAAAAACACCUCCACCAACCCGCAUUGGCGCAGCGCGGUUGAGCUCCAUACCCCCUCCGGUUGAUUGAGGGGAGGCCUGUGCCCAGCAGUGGGGCGUAUAUAGGCUGUUUAUGUAUGUAGUAAAUCUCGUAAGAAGGAGCUUUGUUUGCCCAAGCUUUGUUUGAGUUUGCCCAACAUCUGAGAAUGCUUGUGUUGCUUAUGCAGAUUUUAUUUGCUGGGACUGAAGAAAACCCGCGGUGCAAGUGAAGAUCCGGUUUAUUUGGCAAACCACAUUAAAAAUACAAAGUUAAAAAGUAAAAUACAAGUAAAAAAUCUUAAGUAAAAAUUCGUAAAUAAUCGGUGUAAAAUCAGUGAGAAGUAGAGAAGAAGUGAUUCGUGACGUGUCCAAUCAGAUUCUUAUUGGAAAUCUUCGGUCCGGAACUAGCGGGCUGUGCGCGCAUUACGUCGGCCAAUCAGGAGCGCCGCGCCAUGUAUCUGCUCCCCGCGCCAUGCCCCGCGUCGCUCCCCGCACCGCUCCCCGCGUCGCUCCUCCGUUUCGCGACGCAAUUAGCGGGUCGUGCGUGAAUUUUCUUAGCCCGCGACCUCCUCUUCUCGGCUGUCCGUAACAGCUUGUGUUACACUAAAGCAAGGCCCAGAGGGGGUGAGGUAAAUCAGUCGCGGCGCCCUAUACGUACGAGGGCGGGGCGAAGAGUUACCGUUCUAUACGUAGUAUUAAUCUUUGUAAUAGGCUAGUUUCCAACUAGUCAAAUCAGUUACUUUUUACUAAACGUCAAAACACGAAAUUACUAUGGAAUUGUAUGAAAAAGCACUCUGUGACGUCAUAGAAAAACGUGACAAAAUGUCGGACUUAUUAUUACGUUUUUCUUGAUUAAAAUUCAUAAAUAAGUUUAAUAGAAAAAAGAAAAUGUUUUUCGUUAGUUUUAGAUGUGUCUUUAUUUAGUAAUCAGAAUUUCAUAAUUUAUCUUGAACCUAGUACACGACCCAAUUUAUAAGUGUAACCUCUUAGCCAGUUUUUACGACGUUGGUCCCGGUCACUACUUACUGAUGUAAGUAUGUAGUCGUUACAUGAGCCAUGUCAGGGGCCUAUGGCGGCUCAAUAAUAACCCUGACACCAGGGAUGAUGAGGUUGGUAAUCCACCUCAUAACCCACACGAAACGAAGAAGAUGACAUUAUUAAAUGCAUUUUAUAUUUUGACUCAAACCAGAGACGAUACAAAAAUCUCGUCCUAACCGGAUUUAUCACAACAUAACCCCCUUUUUUGAAGUCGGUUAAAAAUAAAUGUAAAUAAAAUCUCAUUUAGAAUCUCUUUUUAAAUAUUUUCUUGCACAAUACAUUCCAAUUAAAAUAUAAUUUAUUUUCUAGCAUAGAAUACGUACUUAAGUAAUUAAUUAAAUAAUUAUGUCGUAUUUGUAAUUAAUUAGUUAAAUUAUUAAUUGUGUAUUUUAUUUAAUAAAUUAUGUGUAAAUAAUAGUUGAAUAUUAGUAUUAAGUAAACUUAUUUAUUUUUUACUUCUGGCAAUAGUAUAUUGCAUUUAUUUUUUACCUCUGGCAAUAGUUAUUCUGUCCUUCCAUUGGUCAAUAGAUAUUUUAUAACGAUAAAAACUGGAAGCUCAAAUAUAGGCGGCACUGUGACGUCAUAGAAAAACGUGAUAAAAUAGGUAACGGACUUGUUAUUACAUUUUUCUUGAUUAAAAAAAGGUUUUUCGUUA